UUGAUUGUUGGAAUAGGGCAGUUCAAUUUCAAUUCCCAUCUUAGAGAGAGAAACUUUCUAGAGAGAGAGGGAGGGAGAUUUUGCAGGAAAACCAUUCUUCUUCAAACCAAUUUCAAAAAAUUCUCACACAAUCAUCUCGAUAUCAAACCCUAAUCUCCAAUUCAAUAUCCAAUUCUUCAUUCUUCAUUCCUCACUCAAACCCUAAUUCCCCCCAAAACUCACACAAAUCAAUCACUCUGUUCCAAUUUUAUUCCCAAUUUUGUUAUUUCUUCUGUAACCGGCGGUUUUCCGAUCAGGUUUGGUGGUUUCCGGCGACGGAACGAGGGUUUCUGCAGUUUUUUGCUAACGUGCGCACUGUUUUAUGGAUGACGUCAGCGUGGUUGUGAAGAAGGUAUGGGGUACGUGGGAGGAGCUUAUCCUCGGUGGUGCGGUUCUCCGGCAUGGUACCGGUGAUUGGGACGUUAUUUCGUCGGAGCUCCGGACCCGAACCGUUUACCCGCUUUACUUCACCCCGGAGGCAUGUAGAGCAAGGUAUGAAGAUCUGCAGCAACGCUUUACUGGUUCCAAAUAUUGGUACGAUGAGCUUCGAGAACGUCGAGUUGCUGAAUUGAAGCAGGCGCUUGAGAAAUCAGAAGAAUCAAUCGGGCUUCUCGUAUCAAAGCUUGAAAAUCUCAAAGCCGAAAAGGGGCAUUGUGAUCAAAUCAAUUACGAUUCAAGCCAAACCGAAUCCCCACCUCAAUCACUACCAAACACAAAUACGGUCACGAUUAAAAGUAUUCAAAAACAUGUGUCAAAAGAAGAAUUCGAACCAUCUGCCGGAAGUUUCACACAAGAUCUCGAACCAAACCCGCAACCCAAAUCUCACAGCCCAUCCCUCGAUUCGCCCGAGGUAAAACCGGAAGUACGCGAAUCAUGUAUGAUUAGAAAACAAAGAGGGAAACGAAAGAGGAAAGACGGUAAUUGGGAUGUGAAAGACGGGAUUGUAGAGAGUGAGAAUCCGGGUUCUAGCAGCGGCAUUCGGCGGGACGAGACUUCGACGAGCAGCGGUUGUGUGCGGUCGUCUGGCGCGGAUGGAGAGGGCCCGCAGUUUGAUGAUUUGGUCGGGAUUUUUAAUUCUGUUACGGAGAAUCAGUAUGCAUUGGUCUUUAGACGCCGCCUCGAUAGUCAGAAACGAGCACGGUAUAGAAAUACUAUCAAACAACAUAUGGAUCUUGACACGGUCAAAUCAAGAAUUGCUAACAACUGUAUAAAGUCAACACGAGAACUCUUCAAAGACUUGCUUUUGCUAGCCAACAACGCCCUCGUGUUCUACUCAAAACGAACACGAGAAUACCAAUCUGCAUUGACCCUCCGGGGCAUAGUCACCAAACGGUACAAAGAGUUAUUAACCGAUUCCAACAGCAGCAAUAGCAAACCUUUAUCAUCAUCCAUCCUAUGUUUUCCUUCAAUGUCCACUCCUGUAAGACCCCGAAGUGUUAGGCCGCGGGCCCCAUGUAAACAACCGAAGCUCGUUGUUAAGUUUCCUACUAGUAGCCCGAUGGCAGGCCCACAUGGGUAUUUGAAACUCAGCAGUAAUUCCAGUUCUAGUACCCUGAAUCCUGAAACUGAAAGUUGUAAAAAGUCAAACGUUGACUCUCUUGGUGCUGCUGAUCCGAAAACCGUUAAAAGAGGAUUAGGGCGGCCGAGGAGGGUUGGAGGUGGCGGCAGAGGUGGUAAACAGCCACCAGCACCACCUAGAAACUGUACAAAUCAGAAGAAAACACAUCAGAAGUGAUGGAUGCUGAGAUUUGUUGAUAGAUGUCUUUUUCGUAGUUAAAUUUUAUUAUUGUUACGCCAUAUGUUGGCUUACCAGUUGAGGACAUCUUCAGAAAAUUACUAGUAGUAUGUGAAUUGCAACUGAAUAUAUGCAUAUGCCAUUAACCUUGUAAAGAACUUUUCGCUCAGUAGUGGAGGUUCAAAUGGUGCUAGGCUUGCAAACCGAA